GCCCUCUUCCGCCGCCGUAGUGCGGCGCCUCGGUUGUCCUGGGAAACGACCUGUGACCUGAGAGUGAACGAAGCUGUUUCCCGCCGGCGGGAGCUGCGACUGGGGCGGGUGGAGCGAAGGGCUCGAAGCCGCGCCACCAUGGCGGAACAGCUGUAUCUAGAGAACAUAGACGAGUUCGUCACGGAUCAGAACAAGAUCGUGACUUACAAGUGGCUAAGCUAUACACUAGGGGUUCAUGUUAACCAGGCCAAACAGAUGCUCUAUGAAUAUGUUGAAAGGAAACGGAAGGAAAAUUCGGGAGCUCAGCUGCAUGUUACCUACUUGGUAUCUGGCAGUCUUAUACAGAACGGACAUUCUUGCCACAAGGUUGCAGUAGUGAGAGAAGAUAAACUGGAAGCAGUGAAGUCCAAGUUAGCUGUGACUGCCAGCAUCCAUGUGUACAGCAUCCAGAAAGCUAUGCUAAAGGACAGUGGGCCUCUGUUCAAUACCGACUAUGACAUCCUUAAAAGCAAUUUGCAGAACUGCAGCAAGUUUAGUGCCAUACAGUGUGCAGCUGCAGUCCCCAGAGCUCCUGCAGAAUCCACAUCUUCCAAAAAGUAUGAGCAGUCAAAUCUUCAGGCAGCAAGUGAGACACAAGCCAAUGAGCCAACUACCAAUGGCCAUAGUCCACCUGCCUCCAAACAGGCUUCCCAGCAGCCCAAAGGAAUUAUGGGAAUGUUAAUCUCUAAAGCUACUACUAAAACCCAAGACACCAACAAGGAAACCAAAACAGAGGCCCGAGAAGUAACAAGUGCAUCUUCCGCUGGGGGCAAAGCACCAGGAAAAGGGAAUGUGAUGAGCAACUUUUUUGGAAAAGCUGCUAUGAGUAAACUUAAAGUCAAUUUGGAUUCAGAACAAGCAGUAAAGGAAGAAAAAACAGUGGAGCAACCUCCAGUGUCUGUCACUGAACCAAAGCUGGCAGCUCCCCCAGCUCUGAAGAAAUCCAGCAGAAAAUCCGAGCCUGGGAAGGUGCAGCAGAAGGAAAAAAGCAACAGGGGCAAGCGAGUAGACUUAUCUGAUGAGGAAGCAAAGGAAACCGAAAACCUGAAGAAAAAGAGAAGAAGAAUCAAGCUUCCUCAGUCUGAUAGCAGUGAAGAUGAAGUCUUUGCAGGCUCUCCUGAGAUGUAUGAAGCAGACUUACCAUCUCCACCUCCUGGAUCUCCACCUCCUGAUCCUAUGCCAAAAACUGAGCCCCCUCCUGUCAAGCGUUCAGGUGGAGAAAACAAAAGAAAACGAAAGCGUGUACUGAAAUCUAAAACCUUUGUGGAUGAAGAAGGCUGCAUGGUGACUGAGAAAGUCUACGAGAGUGAGUCCUGCACAGACAGUGAGGAGGAGAUUAAGAUGAAGACGGCCUCAGCACACAGACCCCCUGCUGCCCCUGUGAAAAGGGAGCCCAGAGAAGAACGGAAGGGCCCCAAGAAAGGGGCUGCUGCUCUGGGCAAAGCCAACAGACAAGUGUCCAUUACUGGCUUCUUCCAGAAAAAGUAAAUGCUGUCCCUGGAAAGACUCGGGGUGGUCAAGGGAGAAGACCAGGAAGUAUAGACUGUCACUUACUGUGUAAGUUUGUAGCACCUUGCCUCGCCUGGAUCAAAUGCUGCUCUGCCAUCACGGACGUGUGCACCACUUCUGUUUUAUUCACCCAAAAAGAAGUCACCCGGAAGCAGGAGGCAAAAGAAUAUUUUAAAAGCUGUUACAUUGUAAUAAGUUUAUAAAGCACAAUCUUUGACCUGGACCUAGGAGAAUUCAUUCAAGAAUUACCUGCUGGGCCCACUGGCCCUGUGCCAUGUUCCUCUCCAGGUCCUUUGUAUUCUGUGAACUUGUGACAGUGUGUUUAUUUUAUGAAUUCUACUGGAUGUGUUCACCACUUCUCCACUUUCCUGUCCAUGCUACCAUACUUCUGUCUGCUGACCCUACAAAUCUGUUUUCUUUUAAGUCUUGGUUAGAUGAGAAGCUAAAAUCAAAAGCUUCUAUAAUUCCCUAUCUCCAUAGAUAUGGUGAGUGACGCUCGGCUCCAGGCUAGGCCAGUGUGUAUUGUCUAGUCCUUUCAUCACGAAAGCUCCCUCACACUUCCCUCACACUCACUGCAAUGUGCUAAUGUACCCAACCUCACCAGAAAUGACCUAGAGUUGCAUUGUGGGCAAUGGCAGAGCUGUCAUGUUGACAACACAGGGUAUACAUACUCUCAUGUGCUGUUUCCUACUUCCAUAUUUCCCAUACUUAAUACCUAGAGAGUGGAACCUGUAAAGUGAGGUGAAAGAUUAAAAUAAGAAUGCUUUCUAUGCACCAGAUAAUUUCUCUCUUUCAAGGAAAUAGAGUCCAGAAAUGUCAGUUUCGCGUCACGGGAAGGAAGGGAGAACUUAGCACACAUUUCUACACAGAUGUUGCUCCUCUGUUUUGUCAAGUUCUUAAUUUGCCCUGCAGUACAGGCUCCCCAGGAGGGGUUGGGGGGCUGACUGGUUCUAUGUACUUUUGUCAGUUCUGAUAACUUUCAGUCAGCUUCUAUUCUGGCUGGACAGGCAGUGAGCCCUGUCCAUGUUGUGUAGCAGUGGCUUUGCACUGAGCUGUAGGCAAGGGAACGCAGACUCCACUCCUAGUGUGAUGCACCCAGGGGAGAUGAAGGGUGUCUGCCCCAACUGAGGGCGGGCCUGUGUCAUAAGAUGUAGUCAGUUGCCUACUGUUGAAGGUUGGGGUUGGGGCUGGCCUUGGGAUUUACACAGCUGCUUUAGCAACCAAGCAUGGGCUUGCUGGAGACCAGCAGCUUGGGAGAUGAGUCCCCGAGGGACUAACAUGGAGAACUUAAGGGCAGAUGCUUUGUCCAUCAAGCUGAGUAAAGGCUGGUGUACUCCAAAGCCUUUUUUUGUUUUUAAGGUGGAAAAGAGUAGAAUGCCAGACUUACGCUUACAAGAAACCUCUGGAGAAGAAUCCCCUAUUUCAAGUGGCUAUUUUUGUCAUUGCCUCUAGUCAUUUUUUAAAUGGGAAUGGAAAAGUACAAGGCAACCAUCCAGUCUUUAAAAAAUCUGAUUAUGGUGGGAUUUCUAAUAAAACCAAAUUUGAAUUGAA